CCGUUCAGUCGCGAUCGGUUCAGCUAGCUGCUUACAUCGCAAAAUUCAUUGUUUCCGUUUCUAAUUUUGAGUUUCUAUAUCCUAUAACAUAAGUGUUGAGAAUCAGAAACAAGAUGACCUUACAUUUAACGGCAUUUGCCGUCUUAUUCCUGUUAAGUGCUGUGCAAGCAUCUGAAAAAAAUCAAACCGGUCUGUACACAAUCAUUGGAUCCCAACAACUUAGUUAUCACCGAUCAUAUUAUGUAAGCGUUAGCGUCCAAAAUACUACUGAACCUGUAAUCGUUCGUUUGAAAUUGGUGCACGAGGCCAACGAGACGGAAAUAGAAAUUGUACGCCAAGUUACCGUGCAACCUUGGACCACCGAAUUGGUUGAGUUCGAAACUGGUACAUUGGAAUCGAAACCGAAUUCGUUUUAUCGCUUGAUUGCCGAUGGCAUCGACAAAAUUGAUUUCCACAACGAAACUGAUCUCACUUUAUCGGAAAAGUAUUUUUCAUUUUUGAUACAAACCGAUAAAGCAUUGUACAAGCCGGGAGACCUGGUUCGGUUCCGUGUCGUCGUCAUUGAUAAAGAUACGAAACCUCACGACCUAAUCGACACACUGCAAGUAAAUGUCUAUGACGGAGCCGGAAAUCGUAUCAAAUUGUUUGCUAAUCAGUCAACAGCUCACGGUGUUUACACGAAUGAGUUUCCGUUAUCCGAGUCGCCAGUUGUAGGUCAUUGGAAGUUAACAUUUAUCAGUGGAAGUGAGAAAAAGUCACGGUCGUUUGAGGUGGGCGAGUAUGUUUUGCCUACGUUCGAAGUGUUUCUUGAAACACCGGAACAUGUGCUGUAUGCGGAUAAAAUUAUUCGUGCAAAUGUUCGAGGAAAAUAUACGUUCGGUAAGGCAGUUCACGGACAGGCCAACUGCACGGCCAGUUGGAAUGGAAAGCAUGUAAAUAAACUGGUCAAAGUUACUACGAAAGGAUCACUUGAAAUUGACUUUGUCGAUGAGUUAGGAGUGUAUUAUGGCACUUCGGAUUACAUCCUUUUAGAGUGUGCACUGGAAGAAGAAUUCACCGGGCGUAAACAAUCAACAUCGACUAGCAUUCGAGUGCACCGAUUCCGAUACAGCAUUGUCAGGCAGUCAUACUAUUAUACAUAUUUCGAUGGACGACCAUUUGAAUUUGAUGUUCGCGCACAAUUGUACGACGGGACACCGAUUCGAAAUGAACCGUUGGAAAUCUGGUGGAGCACCGAUUUGAGUGCAGCGGAUGGCAUUGGAUCAACAACAGUACAAACAAAUGGUGAAGGUGUGGCAAGUGUGAGGCUCACAUUUCCGGAAGGAAAGGUCACCGUUUAUCUGAUGGCAAAAUAUAAAGAUCAUGCCGAGGGAUUAGGACAUUUCACUUCGUCGAUUUAUCGAGGCAGGGAGGCGACCCUGCCCGAAUUUCAGCUGAAAGCAAAUGACACAGACAUUUUCGUUGGUGGUACUGUGAAAAUGCAUCUGGUGUCACGUGUUCCGCUCAAACAUUUUACCUACCAAGUGUUUGGUCGUGGAAACGUUCUCAUCUCCAAAUCGCAAACGGUUCCCGAACAAACCAACAUUGAAUUCGAUUUUCCAGCAACCUUCGACAUGGUGCCGAACGUGCAAGUGGUCGUUUACACAAUACGUGACGAUGGCAAUGUGAACACGGCGUCGCAAACUGUUUUCCUUCAGAAGAAACUGCCGAAUCAAAUUACGUUAGAAUCGGCUGUGAACGAAACGGAGCCGGGUACGGAAUAUAGUUUGAAAAUUGUUACCGCACCAAAUUCGUAUGUCGGACUUCUGGCCGUUGAUCAAAGUGUCUUAUUGAUGAGGUCCGGAAAUGAUUUAUCGGUUGAUGAUGUUAUGAGAGAAUUAGAUCGUUAUGGUGACGAUGUGAUGCAGCAUCAAAGCGAGCGUUAUCAUCAACGAUAUUAUUGGUCACGCCCAAUUUCAACCAUCGAAAAUGCUGGAAUGUUCAUUCUCAGCAAUGUGAAGGAUUUUAUACCGAUACCGAUUGAGAAAGUGGAGGAAGACAGAUAUUCAACAAUGUUGCAAUAUGAACAACAUAGUGAUAGAGUUGGAUCCCCCCCUGGUUCCUCCGCUUUUUAUGCUUCUAAUAGAAAAUCUAUGUUGAACAAUGCCCAAUCGGCUAUACGUAAAGAUUUUCCGGAAACAUGGAUUUGGGAAGGCCUUCGAGUCAAAGGCGAACAACACUUCACAAAGCGUGUUCCCGAUACAAUCACUUCCUGGGUGAUAACGGCAUUUUCCGUGAACGCUGACAACGGUCUCGGAUUAACCAAAGAACCGACCAAAAUGACAACAUUCAAAUCAUUUUUCUUGACGGUUAGUUUACCGUAUUCGGUCAAAAGAGGCGAAAUUCUGUCGAUACCGGUGACUAUUUUCAACUAUUUGGACUCGACUGUCAACGCGGACGUAACAUUUUUCAAUGACGACAACGAGUUCGAGUUUGUCGAUCUGAAUGACGAAGCCAACGAAAUUGUGAAUGCUGAUAGUCGUCGACAGCGCCACGUAUCGGUAAAGUCAAAAGACACUUCCGGUCUAUUUUUUUCGAUUCGACCACUUCAAGUGGGCCAAAUAACAAUUAAAAUAAUUGUCGAAAGUGCGGUUGCUGGUGAUGGAGUUCAGAGAAUUCUACUUGUAACUCCGGAGGGUGUCCCACAAUACGCCAACACAGCGCUUAUGUUAAAUCUAUCCGACAAUGGCAAAGCCGUCGAACAUGAAUUUAGCAUCGACUUACCUGAACACACUGUACCCGACUCGACAUUCAUUCAAAUAACCGCUGUGGGCGAUCUUCUCGGACCGUCUGUGAAGAAUUUGGGUCGGUUGAUUUACAUGCCGAGUGGUUGUGGUGAACAAAAUAUGUUGAAAUUUGUACCGAACAUCGUAGUCCGAAACUAUCUUCAAGCAAUUAAUCAACUAACUGAUGACCUGGAAGAGAAGACGCGCCUAAAUCUGGAAAUUGGCUAUCAACGUCAGUUAUCUUAUCGUCAUUCGGGUGGAUCGUUCAGUGCAUUUGGAAGGCAAGAUCGUCGUGGAAGCACAUGGUUGACGGCUUUCGUUGCCCGGUCAUUCCAACAGGCGUCCAAACACAUUGACAUCGAGCCGCGUAUCAUAAACGAGGCAUUAAACUUCUUGAAUAAGACGCAGUCAGAAAACGGCAGUUUCCCCGAAUAUGGAGAUGUGAUUCAUCGACAGAUUCAAGGCGGUGGUGACAAAAAUGUUGCGUUGACUGCUUAUACUCUGAUCGCAUUCCUCGAAAAUCGGGAGGCGUUCCCCGAAUACGAAAACAAUAUCAAACGAGCAACCGAAUUCAUUGUCCAGCAUUUAGACAUUUUGGACGAUGUGUAUUCCAUGAGUUUGGCUGCGUACGCCUUACAAUUGGCUAAGGAUUCUAAUAAGGAUCUUCUUUUACGUGAUUUGAAUGCGAAAGUCAUAACCGAAUCGGAUCUAAAACACUGGAGCGUCAGAAAGUCGGAGGGAACAAAGUACCAUCCAAAUUCAAUCGACACAGAAAUAACUGGUUACGCUAUGCUGGCUAAUUUACUUGCGGAUCGUACCGAUGAUGUGGUGCCAGUGUUGAAGUGGCUUCUGUCUCAACGCAAUGAACGCGGUGGUUUCCAUUCUACACAGGAUACCAUUGUUGGAUUAGAAGCGAUUGCCACUGUAGCUGGUAGAGUGACUGCUUCGUCGGCCGACAAUGACGUUAAAGUAGAUCUAACGUUUGAAGGUAACAGUACGUCAUUCGAAGUAAAUUCAGGUAACGCCCAAGUUUUCCAACAACUUCAAAUACCGAGCCAAGUCCGCAAGAUCAAUGUCAAGGCGUUCGGUACGGGUUUCACGUUGUUAUCAUUAUCCUACAAGUACUACGUCAACGAAAGUGCUGCUUUGCCACGCUUCACCAUUGAGCCUGCCGUCAAACCAACCACAUAUCCGAAUUUAUUGAAAUUCGAAGCAUGCGUAGCAUUCAUACCCAACGCAGCCGCUGAUGGUGGUGGUGCCAGUGAAUCGAAUAUGGCUGUUAUGGAAAUCGACUUGCCAAGUGGUUAUCAAUUUGACGCGGAUCAACGACAGACCUUGCAGCGGACACAAUCAGUUAAGAAAUUGGAGACUAGAAAUGACGAUACGCAAAUCAUUUUGUAUUUCGAACAUUUGACCACUGUUCAAAUUUGUCCACAAAUAAAGGCCAUACGAACGCAUAAGGUUGCCCAUCAGAAACCGGCCGCAAUUGUAGUGUACGAUUAUUAUGAUACGGCGCGUAAAUCAAGAGUUUUCUACAAUGCGGACGAGAAAUCCCUUUGCGACAUUUGCGAAAACAAUUGCCCCGAUAAGUGUAACGCUUAAAAUAGAAUGUUAUGUUAUCUAUGUUUGUAUCUGCUAAUAAGAAGUGAAUAAAUUCUGCUUUUCUAAAUGCAUCGAC